UUGACAACGCAAAAGCAAUGGUGAAAAAAUCGACUUUCCUUGCAACGAAAAACAAAUCUCGUUUGUAUGCGGAAACUAAUUUGGCAAUAAUAAGGCUUUAAAGUUAGUUAGUAGUGAGACAAAAAUGUCUCUCCCUAGCAUCAUCUUGACCGUGGUGUUGGUGGUAUCGUUCGCUGUGCUCAUCGCACCACUACAAGGUCAACUGCACAAAAACCUCAAGUACUACGAGACGCUUCACGCAAAGGAUCUUUCGCACAGGAUCGAAAAGCGUGGCACCAAGCACAGCAACCACCCGUUCAACACGAUUAAGGAGGUGGAGUUCAAGGUGCUGGGCAGAAAGUUUCGCCUGAUUUUGCACCCGCACGCGUCCGUGCUGCACAGCAACUUCCGGGCGUACACCGUCGAUGGCAACGGGAGCGAAUCGAUCGUACACCUCGAUCGGAGCAACUUCUUCAAGGGGCGCGUGUUCGGGGAGAUGGAAUCGCACGUCAAUGCGCACAUCGAUGACGGUGUGAUGACCGCGUCGGUCGUACUGCCUGAUGAAACGUACCACAUCGAGCCUUCGUGGCGCCAUUUGCCACACCUGAGCGACAAGCACAUGAUCGCGUACCGCACGUCGGACAUCAAGUUUAGCUGGGACCAGGUCGAUGCCAUAUCGGGGGACUUGGGGGUGCCGCGCACCUGCGGUUACAUCAAGGAGGGACAAGAGCUCGAAGGGCAGGAGGCCGAAGAAGACGAGGAGGUUGAUGGAGACACGGAGGGAUACGAAUCGGACAGUGAUCCAACGCCGGAGACGGUGUGGCACGCGGAAGAUCUACCGGAAAGUAAAAGAUCGCGCCGGAAACGGCAGGCAGAUCAGUACGAGUAUACGCCAACGAAAACGCGUUGCCCGUUGCUGCUCGUAGCGGACUAUCGCUUCUUCCAGGAGAUGGGGGGAAGCAAUACGAAAACCACCAUCAACUACUUGAUAAGUCUCAUCGAUCGUGUACACAAGAUUUACAACGAUACGAUCUGGCAGGAUCGAUCGGACCAGGAGGGAUUCAAAGGGAUGGGGUUUGUGAUUAAGAAGAUUGUUGUACAUUCGGAACCGACUCGGGUGCGUGGCGGUGAGGCCCACUACAACAUGGUGCGCGAAAAGUGGGACGUUCGAAAUCUAUUGGAGGUGUUUUCUCGGGAGUACAGUCAUAAGGAUUUCUGCUUGGCACAUCUUUUCACAGAUCUCAAAUUUGAAGGCGGCAUUCUUGGUCUUGCGUACGUGGGCUCGCCACGUCGCAAUUCCGUCGGUGGCAUCUGCACUCCAGAGUACUUCAAGAAUGGCUACACGCUGUACCUGAACUCGGGCCUCAGCAGUUCCCGCAAUCACUACGGGCAGCGGGUGAUAACGCGCGAAGCGGAUCUCGUGACGGCGCACGAGUUCGGUCACAACUGGGGCUCGGAGCACGAUCCCGACAUACCGGAGUGUUCGCCGAGCGCUUCCCAGGGCGGCAGCUUCCUCAUGUACACCUACUCCGUGAGCGGUUACGACGUGAACAACAAGAAGUUUUCACCCUGCUCGCUGCGCUCGAUCCGCAAGGUACUGCAGGCGAAAUCGGGCCGCUGCUUUUCCGAACCGGAGGAAUCAUUCUGCGGCAAUCUGCGCGUCGAGGGCGAUGAACAGUGCGACGCCGGUCUGCUCGGCACGGAGGACAACGAUGCGUGCUGCGACAAGAACUGCAAGCUGCGCCGGAACCAGGGCGCGGUUUGCAGUGACAAGAAUUCCCCCUGCUGCCAGAACUGCCAGUACAUGAUGGCGGGGGUAAAGUGUCGCGAGGCACAGUACGCCACGUGCGAGCAGGAGGCACGCUGCACCGGCAACCAUGCCGAGUGCCCGAAGAGCCCGCCGAUGAGCGAUGGUACGAUGUGCCAGGAGCGCGGCCAGUGCCGGAAUGGGAAGUGUGUGCCGUACUGCGAGACGCAGGGAUUGCAGAGCUGCAUGUGCGACAUUAUAGCGGACGCUUGCAAGCGGUGCUGCCGGCAGAGCAUCAACGAAACGUGCUUCCCGGUAGAGCCGCCGGACGUGCUGCCGGACGGGACGCCCUGCAUCCAGGGCUUCUGCAACAAGGGCAUGUGCGAGAAAACGAUCCAGGAUGUGGUGGAACGGUUCUGGGACAUUAUUGAGGAGAUCAAUAUAAACAAAGUGUUGCGAUUCUUGCGCGACAACAUUGUCAUGGCGGUCGUAAUGCUAACCGCGCUCUUCUGGAUCCCGGUCAGCUGUGUCAUCUCCUACUUUGAUCGAAAGAAAAGAAAAGAGGACUGGAAGGAGUACGAAUGGAGCCAGAAGUUGGAUCUUAUUCAUCCAAGCGACCGACGACGGGUGAUUCACAUAAGAGUUCCGAGGCAAAAAAUAACCGUUGCCAGAAUGUGAAUUCAACCAAAUUCAUCACAGGAAGGAUUUGAAGCUUCCAUCGCAAUCGGUAGUGGAAAAUUCCCACAAUCUACUAGUCAGUACCAAUGAGUUCUUUUUUUCAUUUCAUACCUAAUGAUAAGUAAGAUAUAGCAGCCAGAACAAAAGGAACAUCUCCACUACACUCAAAACAAAGGUCACCCUAAGCACAACUGUAGGCCGAAACGAACACAGAAGCGAAACAACUAAUACUAAUAAUGUAAUCCUCUUAC